GCUGGUAGUUCUUAGCUAAAGAAGAAGAAGAAGAAUCAAUGGCUUUCUCUGGCUUUUCCUCUGUUCAGUCUUCUCGACCAAGCCUAGCUGGCUCAAUCUACAAAACAUCGUCCGUCAAAACAUACCGAGCGCCCAGUGUCCAUGGAGGAGCUGGUGGGUACGGCACCCGCAUCUCCACCGGCACCAGCUAUGGUGGCUUGGGCGGUGGCUUUCAGCUUGGUGCUUCCACCAGCGACCUGCUGCUUGCCGGCAGUGGGAAGGCGACAAUGCAGAAUUUGAACGACCGCUUGGCUGUGUAUCUGGACAAGGUGCGCUCCUUGGAAAAGAGCAAUGCUCAGCUUGAAAUGCAGAUCCGCGAGUGGUAUGAGAAGUGCUCCCCUGUUGCUAAGCAAGACUACAGCAUGUAUUUUAAAACCAUUGAAGACCUCCAGAACAAGAUUAUUGCAGAACGAUUGGCCAACACCCAGACUGUGUUGGCAAUUGACAAUACCAAGCUGGCAGCCGAUGAUUUCCGAGUGAAAUACGAGAAUGAGCUGGGUCUCAGACAAAGUGUGGAAAAUGACACAGCAGGGUUAGCCAGACUCAUCGAUGACUUGACCCUGGUUAAGUCUGAUCUUGAGCAUCAGGUCGAAGGUCUGAAGGAAGAACUGGCUUACCUCAAGAAAAAUCACGAAGAGGAAAAGGCAAGAUUGCAGAAUCAGCUGGGUGGCACCGUGUCAGUCGAGGUGGAUGCUGCUCCAGGCAUUGAUCUGGGACAGAUUAUGGACAACAUGCGCCAGCAGUAUGAAGUCAUGGCUGAAAAGAAUCGUCAAGAGGCUAAAGACCGUUUUGAUAAACAGGUUGAAGAAUGGAAUAUAGAGGUGACCACCACUACACAACAACUUGAGGGCCAUAGAAAUGAGGUCACAGAGCGGAGACGUACACUUCAGACCCUGGAGAUUGAACUCCAAUCUCAGCUUAACUUGAAAGCGGACCAGGAGAAUAUCCUGGCGGAAACCGAAGCACGUUACGGAGCCAUCUUGGCCCAGAUACAGGCUUCCAUUGGGAACAUGGAGGCCCAGCUGAUGCAGCUGCGGAGUGACAUGGAGCGCCAGAGCCAGGAGUACAACAGCCUCUUGGACAUCAAGGUCAAGCUAGAGGCAGAGAUCGCCACGUAUCGCCGCCUGCUGGAAGGGGAAGACAGCAGGACUAUUCUUGAAGAACUGGAAGCUGAAAAAGAAAGGAAUAAAGUCCUGAGGAUCAAGACUGUUGUUGAAGAGAUGGUCGAUGGGCAAGUGGUAUCAUCCAGAACUGACGAGCGGGAGCAGAAGAUGUAGCCGGUGGUGGAAUG